AUGAAGUUCCAGACUCUCUGCAUGUCUCUCUUGGGUGCCGCCGCGCUGGCGACCGCGCUGCCCGUCGAUACGCCCACCGCGCCUACCGACCCGGUCUGCCUGCCCUUCGAAAAGGUGACCAAGCUCGCCGAGAAAUUCCCUGGGCUUGCGGACGAACUAGCGAACUUGAGAAAGGCAUCUCAGCCUGAGAAACGCCAGGAUUUAAAGGUUGACGAGGAUCUGUGCCGUGCCCUCAAGGCUACUCCCGGCACCGUCUCCAUCCCCAACAGGAAUGCUCUACAGAAGGCUUGCAACAAGUUGGAGGCCGAGAAGGGGGCUGCUCAGCCUGAAAAGCGCCAGGAGCAGCCUCCAUCAGUAAACAAGGCUGUUGGCGAUGUUAAAGCAGCUGUCGGCAACGCUGCUGGUCUUGGGUUACCCGUAUAA